AUGCGCUGGGCGUUGGUCGUCGUGGCAGUUAACUGUAUCUCACAAACUGCCGUGGAGUGCUGGCAUGAGCACUUCAACAGGUACGCUGGGGAAGGUCAGCACCAAGGAUACCCACACCCAGCAACAUAUACUCGCGGUCCUCAUGUGGGGCAUACCGGCCCCCCGGAUUCGACCCUGUUGUAUCCAGGGUCAGAAUGGUAUGGUGUGCAGCAGGAAGCAAUGACAGAAGGAAGCAGCAUGCCACAGUAUCCUCUCCACCACCACCACGGUGCGCCUUCCCGCGGGUAUAAUGCCCGCCAACAAGUUAGCCCUUGGGGGUCGCUUCUGCGGCUUGCCAAAGUUUUGCAGCACUCGGCUCCCCAGCAACGGACGGCCUUCCUACGCCAGUUCUGCUUUUCAGUUGUCCGACUAAGGACCCCUUUUGUGGGUCUCGGCGGUAAUAGAGGUACAGGCAGCACAGCCUCGAAGGAAAAUAGGAGAGGUUCGGAAUCAGGGAGCUUCGAGAAAAUCAGCGAUGCAGAUAUUACUGUAUUGGCUACAAAGCUCUCUGGGGUUGUUGGCGCUGCUGAGGGCGCUCCUGAAUCGAGUCGCAUGCUGGCAGAGCGCAUGCUGUUGCCUUUUGGAAGGCUAGUUGAGGAAGGAGAACAAUUUUUGUUUGAUGUAGCGAGACAGGGGGAUGCGACUCUGAUGAUCUCCGCAUUGAGCCAAGUGGUUCCGCCCGUUAUGAAGGGUUUGUCUUAUCUUGAGGCCCCGCAAAGCCAAGGGGCCUCAGGAGUCUUGGAACCAGUUCGCGAUUCGCUUUUAAGACGAGCUAGAGAACUAGAUCGGGCCUUGCUGGCGGCGCAGGGCGACCCGCAGCUUGUGAGUAAGUUUUAUAGAGAUGCUACUGAAGAGGAGCUUCAGAGAGAAAAGAACUUGGCUGCGGUGGAGGGGAGCUCUCACCAGAGCCGGCACAUUCCACCUGUCAUUGGGGAAGGAGCCCCACUGAACAAGAAAAACAAUUUUCACAAGGUGGGCAAGCGGAUCGCGACAAUCAUGUUCCUGUGUCUGGCAUUCUUUACAGCCCACAGUGCCAUGUCGCGCCUUUUGCCCUCAUUUGACGCUAGGGGGCAAUCGCGUUCGGGUGCAGGCCGCAUGGGUGGAGAUUUUGAUAUGGAGCGCCUUUCUAGAGAAGUAGAGGCGGAGCAGCAAGAAGCUUUUAGACGGCAUGAAGAGUGGUUUCGUCGGCAGCAGGCAAUGGCUCAGGCUGCUUUCAAUACUCCAAAUGGCUCUGUUCACCAUGACAGUGCUUACCCUGGCUUUUCUCCGGGCACUUACCCAGCUGGCCCCUAUGCAUCCAACCAGCCGCCUAGCGCUCCUCAGAAUACCCCUAAUGGGCCCUACGGCGACCCUUCUCGCGUAACUCCUUCAGCACCUCCCAUGCCUCCCGGCGGUUUCUCAGAUAAGUCAUCUCCACCCCCGAGCUAUGCUGAGGCAAUGGGGCUCAGCUAA